UGGUUGGUACCUUUUCGUUUUCCUUCUGCAGUUACUUAAUUGAGAAAUGAUUAACACACACUUUCACUUGGAAAAAAUCCUUAUCCUUCUCUUCAGUCAGUUACCUGGAAAUCCUCAAAUAUGAACUCAUCAGCUUCAGCUGCUCGUUGCUCCAUUCAAGUGUGAAAACCCUUUACAAGUAAGCACAGUUCACAUCUAUAAAUCUGGUGCUUGUUUCUGUUUACUUAGAAUAUUUUCACUUCUCAAGGAUUUUAUGCUUUUCUUGGGUGAAGGGAUUUAAGUUUGGAGGUAAUGAAAUGGGAAAAGGUGGGACAAUUCCGUUGUACAUCACCAUUUCUGUUGUUGCUUUUGUGGCCUCGAAGAUUGUCAUGGCGGUCCUCUGCUAUCGUGGAUGGAAAAGGAAACAAAUGAUCGUUCAAGACAGUGUUACAGGUGGGAAAUUAGUAAUGUUCAGAUCGCCAAGGACCAAGUCUCUAAAGCCAAACAUGUUCUUGAAGAAGACGAUGAAACUAAGCAACAAGGACAUCAUCGGAUCAGGAGGGUACGGGACUGUUUACAAGCUCGUAAUAAAUGACUGCAUAUCCUUUGCUGUUAAAAGACUAAACAGAUUAAGCUCAGAGCAAGACCGAGGAUUUGAGAGAGAGUUGGAGGCGAUGGGGAACAUCAAGCACCGGAAUAUAGUAGCCCUUCACGGGUACUACACGGCUCCUCACUAUAAUCUUCUCGUCUACGAGCUCAUGACUAAUGGGAGCUUGCACGAACUGCUUCAUGGAAAAUCAGUGAACAAGAAGGCUCUUGAUUGGCCAUCAAGAUACAGAAUUGCGGUUGGAGCUGCAAGAGGGAUAUCCUACCUGCACCACGACUGUAUUCCCCACGUAAUACACAGAGACAUAAAGUCGAGCAACAUAUUGCUGGAUCAUAACUUGGAGGCACGCGUGUCUGAUUUCGGACUAGCUACUUUGAUGGAACCAGAUAAAACUCAUGUUUCGACAUUAGUUGCUGGAACUUUUGGAUAUUUGGCUCCAGAAUAUUAUGACACGGGAAAGGCAACAGCGAAAGGGGACGUCUACAGCUUUGGAGUUGUAUUACUCGAGCUUCUAACGGGGAAAAAACCGACUGACGGAGCAUUCAUUGAGGAGGGUACGAAGCUGGUGACAUGGGUGAAGUCAGUUGUACACGAUAAGAGAGAAGGGUAUGUAGUCGACAGCAGUUUGGUCGAUUUUCCUAUCGAUGAAAUCAACCGUGUGUUUAGCAUAGCACUGAUGUGUCUUGAACUGGAGCCGUCUGAACGACCUACUAUGACAGAAGUUGUGAAGAUGCUAGAGCAGAUAAGAUCAGAACAAUUCAUAUCAGGGGCUUGAAAUUGUGCUUCAGCAUCUUAACAAGUCAGAAAACGAACAUCGUUUAUGAGCAAACAAUACGAAUCCAUUCAUAAACAUAUAGA